ACUUUCGAUUUUUUAACAGACUUGAAAUCAUAAAAGUCAAACUUAACGCGUUCUAGAGACUAUAAAAAUUUUAUAGUAUAUAUUUGUCAAUUGUCAAUUUUGGAGACGGCUUCCUCACUCCUUCCUUCAGUCAGUGCUUCUCUUAGGCAAGUCGAUUCGAUUUCUUCCGUUUUAGUUUCUUGGUCAAUCGGUCAUACAAUUAAUAUAUAUUUUUUAGUCCUAAAUUAUAUUAGAAUUUUUAAUAGCAGGAACCCUAAUUCUAGCUCCAAAGAUAGGUCUUUAUUGUUCUAUGCAUUGUGUUCAAUUUAUAAUUUCGUUAUAUAUUUUUUAUAAAUAAAAACAUGAGCAACCGGAAUCCAAAUACUUUAAUGAGUGUACCAGACGAUCAGUUUGAUUAUUUAUUUAAAAUAGUUCUUAUUGGUGACUGCGGAACAGGGAAGACAUGUAUUGUACAACGUUUAAAAUCCGGAAACUUCAUAGAACGACAUGGAAAUACAAUAGGCGUAGAUUUCUCGAUGAAAACUUUAUUAGUUGAUGGAAAGAAGGUCAAGCUGCAAAUAUGGGAUACAGCAGGACAGGAAAGAUUUAGGACUAUUACUCAGAGUUAUUAUCGUUCAGCCAAUGGAGUAAUAAUAGUGUAUGACAUUACAAAGAGAUCAACAUUUUUAUCUCUAAAGAAAUGGAUAGAAGAAGUUAGAAGGUAUACAUCAUCAAAUGUCAUAGUGUCUUUAAUUGGAAAUAAGUGUGAUCUGGCAGAUCAACGUGAGGUUGAAGCUGAAGAGCCUAAGUCUUUCUGCCGUUAUGUUCCAGAGAUUAUGUUUGUAAUGGAGACCUCUGCUAAGGACAAUACUAAUGUUGAAGACACUUUCCGAAGCUUAGCUACAGAGUUGAAGCGUCAACAUGAUAGCAGCGAAGGCCCACCUGCUGACACUGAUGCUGUUGUACUCGGAGAAAGUCAUUCUGUGAGUCGGUGUCAACCGUGCCGUUCUUAGUUAAUAUUUGUAUAUAUGAAGAAUAUUUAAAUUGUGUUAAUUUCUAUGUAAAAUGAUGUCCGAGUUUUUCAAACCGUUGUAGGUUUGAUAUUGAAAUUGUUAACCAGACAAUUUUAUAUAUUAUAUUAAUACUGAAUCCCGUGUCAAAGAAACCUGUCACCUGAUGUUAUAUAGCCUGGCUCUAUGCAGUAUCAAAAAUAAAGUAAUUCGUAAUUGGAACCAGUAAUUCCCGAGAUUGGUGCGAACAAAAUCUUUAGUUUUUUAUUAAUAGUAAUCUUGGCGACGAAGAUCUGUUAACUUGUCACAAAUACAUGCCAAAUCUAUAAAAUAAAGUUAUACAGCUCUAGCAUUAGUGGCAUAUUAGUAUUAGUUGCUUUUAGUUUGACCGGAGAAGCCAUAAACUAAUCUAAUUAGUACCAAAAAAGAGAUUAGGUAAAUUCGAAAAACGCGUUAAAUAAAUUAAAUCGUGUGUCACGUAAAAUGACUUUUUGUCGGAAAUAUAAUCUUUGCAUUAUUCUUGCCGAAUUUUCUUCAUAACGCAUGAAUGGAUAUAGAACUUGCUGUUUUUUUUAUAUGGCAAUAGGACCUUACUGUUAUGACUUGUUCUUAAAUAUAGGGUUAAAACUGACCUCCUUAAUUAUAAAAGAAAUGAUAUUAUUUACAGAUAAUCAUAUUAAAACCAUGAAUAGAAAAAAAAUCUUUUUCGAAGGUUGUAAUGUUUCUAGACUAAUCAACAAAAUAUUUUUUGUGUUUAUAACUAAAAUAGCUAUAACUAUAUUUCAUGGUCUGUGCCGUCGGCUUGACCUGUGAGAAGUCUUUGGCUUCUGAUGACACAGGCUAACGUACUGUGAAAAUACGAAUUAUGAUAGUAUUGUGCCUAAAGCGGUAGUAUGUUCUUGUUUUUCAUUAAAUAAUAGAAACCAUAUAUGAAAAGAAAUAUAUUUUCUUAUUCUGCAUGUAAAAUAUUCUUGGGAUAUAUUUAUUUUUAUCAAAGCAAUUAAAGCAAUUGAUGCUCUAAGCAACGCCAAUAAAAUGAUGUGGAAGCGUGUGGAUCAUGUAGCGCGCCUUACAGAUCACAGAUGGACGAAAACAGUAACUUCAUGGAGAGGCCCACCAGGCAAACGGUACAGAGGCAGACCUUACGCUCGAUG